AUACAAACACGUGGCCGUUCAUUGUUCACGGUUACAUUGCACCAACUGUUACCGCCGCUAAAAAGUUCGUGAUACAAUUAGUUCUCGCAAAUUGUCGAGUAUGCCAACGUGGUCGCAGAGCGGUACAUGUAUAUGUGAGAACAACUAGGCCUAACUAUCACUGUAUCGCAAAGGUCUUAUUUUAUAUCUAAAAUGGUUUCUUGUUGCUUUCCACGUCUGGUGAUUUUCAUCCUGGCAAUCGCAGACCUAACGGUUGCUGAGCUGUUUUCUUCAUUGUCUCAUCUAAAACACCUAGGAGAUGUCGAGUUUGAACUUAUCGCCGCAAGUCGGAACUACGUGGCUAAAUCGUCAGUGUUGUUACUCAACCCUGAGUAUAUUGGUGAAUAUCCUAAAGUUCGUCAAGAGUAUUUAGAAGAAAUAUCAAGUUUCAUUGAAGAAGUUGAACCGAUUUCUAUGGAAGCAGUUCAGGAUAUGUCAAUCCACGUGACCCAUCCAAUUCAUGUUUAUCAAUUAAUUCGACGAUUUGUAACUUUCUGGAACAAAUUGAAAACAUUGGUAGAUUGGGAAGCUGGGAGAGGUAGGUAAAACUUGAAGCUACAUUUUAUAAUCAGGUCAUGUCUCCUCUCAGUAUAUAUCUCGAUUUUUUUUAAUUCAAUAUAUAACAUAUAUAUAAAAAAUAGCGGCAAUACAGUAUACACUUCCUUGGUAGGCUAGUCAGUGGCCGACUUGAGCAAGUUUUUGCAUACCAAAGUCAAACUAAUGUAUAAAUCUAUACUCAAAAGUUCGUCAUAAAAAAUAUGAAAACCUUAAAUAUUCAAUUAAAACAAAUAUAUUUUGUUAUUAUAUUGA